AUGGAUCCUACCAAGAUUUUGUCUUUGCUCGAGCAGCUUGAUGACGAUAUUGAUGACAUAGAAGAUGCUGUUGCACCUUUCAUUCAAAAAACCAUUCCGGAAUUCGCAUCCAAGUUGCCCUUACUAGAUAAGGCGAAGCUUUACACUCUCGUCACAUAUGCUAUUGAGUCCAUAUUAUUCUCAUACCUCCGACUUAAUGGCGUUAACGCUCGUGAACAUCCCGUUUUCACUGAGCUUACGCGGAUGAAACAAUACUUUGAGAAGAUCAAACUCACAGAAAACCCUCCAGUCGCAGCAGAGAGGAAUCUCAAACUAGAUAAAGGAGCUGCUGGAAGAUUCAUCAAAGCAGGGCUAAGCGGAAAUGAUAAGUAUGACCUGCAAAGAGCAGAGCAAAUAGCGAAGGAGAGAGCCAAGUCUCAUAUCCGAUUCGAGGAGCUAUCGAAGAAGAGAAAGGUGGAUGAAGACGUAACAGAACCGGAUAAGGCAAAAUCAAAAACUUCAGACGAGCAUGAUGACUUCAGUUCAACUUCCGAUACUUCGAAUUCGCCUGCACCAGUAGCACACAAAAGCAAAAAGUCGAAGACUGCCAAGGUAGGAGCACCAGUCGAUGCGAGAGAGGAUAGCUCUACAGCCUCCAAUUCCAAAUCCAAAAAGUCCAAGCGAGGAGCCCAUGAGAAGAAAACGAAGAGCAAAUUAAAGAAAAACAAGAGCAAGAAUUAA